AUGGACGACCUCCAGAUGACUGCUCAUCAUGGGUGCCUUGAGAUUUGCUUUCAUUUAUCCUUUAUCAUUCUGCUCUAUCUCCUAGUCUCGAAUGCGUCGUCACUGCCACCACAUACAAACCAUCCACUACGCUACGAGAAGUACUAUACAAACUGCUCUCAGCCAGAUCAAAAACUGUCAAACUACCACACCACUCGUGCCACUAUGGGAUCGUCUUUUCACAUCAACCGAACACAAAAUCACCUCAAGUGGUCCAAAACAGUCCCUCCUGCCUUGACUGUCGACUCGGGUGCAACCGUGAGCUUCGACACUAUCGAUGGAAGCGGAGGCCAAAUCACCCAAACCUCGACCUCUGCCGAUGUCUACAACUUCAAGGUGGAAUUUGCAGAUCCUGUGUUCGGCCCUAUCUAUGUCAAUGGAGCCGAGCCCGGCGAUGCACUGGAGAUCGAAGUCUUGGACUUGGAAACCGCAGAUUGGGGUUGGACUGCCGUUGUACCCAAAUUUGGCUUGCUCUCCGAUGAGUUCCCAGACGCCCAGCUCAAGAUAUGGGAACUGUCCAAGUUUGAGGACAGACCGUAUGCGUUGUUCAAAGAAGGCAUUCGAAUUCCUACGCGGCCAUUCCUGGGCGAAAUGGGCGUUGCUCCCGGAGCGGACGGUGAAUUUUCGACCAUCCCACCCCUCGACACCGGCGGAAACAUUGAUUGCCGCCACCUCACGGUCGGCUCGAAGCUUUUCUUACCUGUUCAAACACCAGGGGCGCUAUUCAGCUGCGGUGACGGUCAUGCAGCGCAGGGUGAUGGCGAGAUUUGCGGAUCUGCCAUUGAGACUCCAAUGCGCGCGACUCUCCGCUUCACCGUGCGCAAAAACCAUGACUGGGUGGCAUCACCUCACUAUUUCUCUCCUCCGUUAGUAGCCAUACCUGGCUUUGAGGAUCGCGGGUGCUAUGCUGCCCUUGGAAUUGACUCAGACCUGUAUGAGGCCACACGCAAAGCUGUCCGUGGCAUCAUCAACUACCUUACAAGAACGAAAGACCUGACUCGGGUCGAAGCAUACAUGCUGGCAAGUGUGGCAGUUGACCUGAAGCUGGCUGAAGUGGUGGAUAUGCCUAACUUUGCCGUGUCAGCCAGUUUGCCUUUGAACAUCUUCCAUGCGAGCUAA